CGUUCUCGUCUUGGCUUAGCCGUUUAGUGUCCUUUCACCAUCGAGUUGUGCGACACCCGUGUGAUGCUCGAUACCGAUUAAAAACUACUCCGUGUGUAUAUCAUUAUAUAAGUAUAGGUACACUAGGAUAACAUAAGCCAUGGAUUUAUCUCCAAGUAUGCGGAUUCUGCUCAUACUGCUCUCGGUGUUGAGUGGAGUUUUGGCGGGCGACAUGAUGAGGAAAUCAAUUGUGUACGAUAAAAAAACGCCUAAUGUAUUUUAUUGUCCGUUGAACAAACCCACCGGAUUUGAUAAACUGUACGUGAAUUCGAGACCGUUGAAAAAAUUAUGUGAAUUUGACGGUAAACCUUUGCCUGAAGAUUACAAGUCGGACUGUUUCCAAGAUGUAGACGAGACGGAAUAUGCGUGCAAAGAAAAAUACAGAAUAAUGAAAAGAUUGACGAAGAAACAAUUGGAUAGUUUAUUCGGAAAUAACGACUAGAAUAAUAUAAGAGUGCUAACAAAAUAAUGUAAAGAGAUGCGUCUUCAUCCACCUGGUACAGAUGACAAAGAGAGUACAAAAUGGGAAAAAGCGUACAAGAAAGUCGUCAGAAAACGUAAGAGACAACCUCAGUAAUAGCAAAAUAGUCCAAUAUUUUUCAUUGUAAUACAUUUGGCCAUUAAUUAAUUUAACAGUUUAAACAUAAUUUUCAUAAUUUUAGCUUUAUUUUUGAUUUUUUUUUUGUAUGUUUGUGAACAGCCUAUUUUGUAUUUUGAUAUUACUUUUUCACUGUACCUGCGCCAUUUUAUUUUUACUAUUAAAGUAUAUUACAAAUGUUUUGUAAAUAACUGAAUUCUAUUUACUAAUAAAUUAUUAAUUUUAUA